UUUCUGCGGGGGUUGGCGCCUGGGGGGGUAGGUAGUCCCUUCAAAUAGAGAGAGAGAUGAGAUUCAGGAGAACCUUCACCUUUUUUCCUUUCCUUCGCUUUCAGUGUAUUAAUUAGCAAAUCCAAACUCUUGGAGCCAGACGCAAGCUUUACCCUUUCUCUUUCCUGUUCUCUUCGUUUUUUUUCCUUUAAAUUUGUUCCUGGUGUAAAAGAGAAACAUGGAGCCCGAUCCUGAACAGCCCACGCUCUCCUCCCUUGGAAAGGCGGGGAAGUCCUCGGGAGAGAUUGGUGGUGUAGAAGAGCCUCUUCUUAAUGGGGGGAUUCACCCUUCAGAGAAUUACUCUCUUGCUUCUGCAAUCUUCCCGUUUCUAUUCCCCGCUCUUGGAGGACUGUUGUAUGGUUAUGAUAUUGGUUCUACAUCUUGUGCUACAAUAUCAAUAAAGUCAGCCACGUUAAGUGGUAUUUCAUGGUACGACUUGAAUUCUGUGGACAUCGGGCUCAUUACCAGUGGAUCACUAUAUGGAGCUUUGAUCGGCUCUGUCUUGGCCUUCAAUAUUGCUGACUUUCUAGGGAGAAGAAGAGAGUUGAUUCUGGCUGCUUUCUUAUAUCUUGUUGGAGCGCUUGUGACAGCCCUAGCACCUGUCUUUGCUGUUAUGGUGAUUGGGCGGUUUGUAUUUGGUAUUGGAAUUGGAUUGGCAAUGCAUGCUGCUCCAAUGUACAUAGCUGAGACAGCUCCAAGUCAAAUACGUGGUCAACUAAUCUCUCUGAAAGAGUUCUUCAUAGUACUUGGCAUGGUUGGAGGUUAUGGAAUUGGUAGUCUAUUAGUUGAUACUGUAGCUGGUUGGCACUAUAUGUAUGUAGCCAGUACACCUUUGGCAGUAAUUAUGGGAAUUGGAAUGUGGUGGCUACCAGCAUCACCUAGAUGGCUGCUAUUACGUGCCAUACAAGGAAAAGGCAGUAUGCAGGAGUUAAAAGAAACUGCAAUAUGUUGCUUAUGCCGGCUCAGGGGUGAAGCUAUUGGUGACACUGCUCCUGCGAAAGUAGAUGAGAUUCUUGCUGAACUCACUGUUGUUGGUGAAGAAAAAGAAGUUGCACUAACAGAAGUUUUCCGAGGAAAAUGCUUGAAAGCCCUCACAAUUGGUGCAGGGCUAGUUUUGUUCCAACAAAUCACUGGGCAACCAAGUGUUCUGUAUUAUGCUGCAUCAAUUCUUCAGAGUGCAGGAUUUUCAGCAGCGUCUGAUGCAACACGGGUCUCAAUACUUAUUGGUUUAUUUAAGUUAAUCAUGACAGGAAUAGCUGUUCUUGUUGUUGAUAGACUUGGAAGGCGACCUCUACUACUUGGUGGUGUUUCUGGAAUGGUUAUAUCUUUAUUCCUCCUGGGAUCAUAUUACAUUUUUCUGGAUGAUGCACCAGUUGUUGCUGUUGCUGCACUGCUGUUGUAUGUUGGAUGUUAUCAGUUAUCCUUUGGUCCUAUUGGUUGGCUGAUGAUUUCAGAGAUUUUUCCCCUACGCCUAAGAGGGCGGGGGCUUGGUAUAGCAGUGCUUGUGAAUUUUGGUGCAAAUGCACUUGUGACAUUUACAUUUUCCCCUUUGAAGGCAUUGCUGGGAGCUGGGAUUUUAUUCUAUGUAUUUGCAGCGAUAGCUGUGGUGUCUCUCCUUUUUAUAUUCUUCAUCGUGCCAGAGACCAAAGGGCUCACUCUCGAGGAAAUCGAGGCCAAAUGUUUAUAGAUUUUGAGGUGGUGGCUAUGGUAUCUGCAGACCCUUUCGCAUAUGCAGAAAAAAGGGAUGCAGUUUUAUACUGUACUGUGUCCACGCUGUGUUGCUGCUUACAGUGACAAAAAUCAACAGAUAAGCAUAAUCCUCAAUGAUAGUCACAUGCUAUUGGCUUGAAUAAUAUAUAGUUUAUGUAAUGUAUCUUUCUACUUUGUUCACUAUAUCCUUUUGGAUAA